UUUCACUUGAAAGGUCGCGCCUGUUGGAAUCCGUCGCUUGCAAAUACGCUCAUUGCUGAAAAUGAAGUGGCUUGUCGUGGCUGUUUGUGUGGCGUUGGGGACGGCUGCCGAGACGCCCAACCUACGCCGGGAACUGAGACUCAAUACGUGGUACGACGAUGCGAGCGAAGGCGACUAUUACGCCCAAGACACGCAGCCGCUCCAAGAUGCCCCUCCCAGUGGCUACGACCCCAACGGACAAUUCCUCCAGUGGCAAGAGGCGCAGCUCCAGCAGCAGUACAACCAGGAAGGGUUUGGAGGCUAAACAGGAUGCCAAUCCGUGUACGUACCGUGUAGUGACUUGUGCCAUCGUAAAUGAAAAUUCAUGUGUCAAGUUUGGCUUGUGUCGCGUAAGAACUAACGUUAAUAGCGUUGCUACUGUCU